GGUCGAGCCACUUUAGCAUUCCAACCCUUCCUUCCCCAACUCCAUCCCUCCCCAUGCUUCGGUUCAGGUGACCUUUCAGCCAAGUAAGGCGUUGCUCAGAACAUUAUAAUCAUCAACACCAGAUCAUGCCCGUGCCACCACCACCUCAGACCAUCCGGCUCGGGACGGCCUCCCCGGCGACGCAGGCCACGACCGCCGAGACCCUCGCGCUACUAGAGCGCGUGGCCUUCCGGGCCUCCGGGUUAGGCGUCGACAUCCUACUCCUACCCGAGGCCUUCAUCGGCGGCUACCCGCGCGGCUCGACCUUUGGGUGCGCCAUCGGCGGCCGCUCCGCCGACGGCCGCGAGGAGUUCCGCCGCUACUUCCGUGCCGCCGUCGACCUCGGCGACACCGUCGGCCCCGCCGGCGCCGGCGCCGGCAGCGCCUGGGUCAGGCGGGAGCUCGAGCCGGACCGCGACGACUCGUCCUCCUCCUCCGGGCCCCGCGAUGGGAACGCGCCGCCCGGCGUCAAUAGGGGUGACGGUACGCGGGAGAGGCUCGAGGAAAUUGCGCGCCGCACGGGCGUGUUCAUCGUCGUCGGCUGCAUCGAGCGCGCUGGCGGGAGUCUCUACUGCGCGGCCGUCUACGUCUGCCCCAAGCUCGGCAUGAUCGGCAAGCGCAGAAAGGUGAUGCCGACCGGAAGCGAGCGCCUGGUCUGGGCACAGGGCUCCCCAGCCACCCUGCGCGCCGUCUCAACCACUAUCCGGGGCGUGCGCAUCAACAUGGCCGCCGCCAUCUGCUGGGAGAGUUACAUGCCGCUGCUGCGGCAGGCCCUGUACGCCCAGAACAUCAACCUCUAUCUGGCACCUACCGCCGACGGCCGCGAUGCCUGGCUGUCCCUGAUGCGCACCGUCGGCGCCGAGGGGCGGUGUUUUGUCGUCAGCUCCAACAUGUGCGUGCGCCAACCCACAUCUUCGAUCGGCGGCGGGGGCGCCGAGCAGCAGCAGCAGCAGCAGCAGCAGCGACAAGGAAGCGUCUACGAUAGUCCGAGCGGCGUCCCGACGAAUGAGCCGGCCGGCAGCGAUGGCGGCACCUCUUGGAUGUCGGCGGGACCCGUGGUCUUGGGCGACGAAUACGACGCCGACGCGGCGGACCCGCCGCCCAUGGCGAACCGCCAGAGGAGGACGUCCAUCAUCACUGAGGACGGGCACGAGAUUGUGCUGCCCAGCCUAGACAAGUCCCGCAAUGUCAGCCCAAAGGCCACGGCCAGGUCUGCCAAUGGCAGGCGGAGAAGGUCCGUCUUUGACGAGUACGGCAACGAGAUCGUGCUCUGCUCCAAGGUGGCCGACGGCGAUGUUGAGAACGGAGUGGCGGAGAGCAAUGGGCCCUCCCGAGAUGCCAGGGGCAAAUCGCAUCCCGGGGCCACGGCAAGCGUCACCACGGCGCAGAGCCGCAAGACAGCCGAGCCGUCAGGCGGCCAAUUCAUCUCGCGGGGCGGCUCCUGCAUCACGGGCCCGUACGGCGACGUCCUGGCCGCGCCCCUGUGGGAGGACGACUCGACCAUCAACAUUGCCGACGUCGACUUUGAGGACUGUGUCCGUGGCAGGCUGGACCUUGACGCGGCUGGCAGCUACUCCCGAAACGACUCCUUCAAGUUCUCCGUCGAGGGGCUUGACCUCAGCCCGCUGCCAUAUUACUAACGUGGCCCGAGACGUGCAUUCAUCAAUUAUCGCUCAAUAGUGAGGAUACUGCCAACUGUAGUCAUUUGUUUUCGCGUACCAAUGUUCUGUGUGGUCAAGGUAACAUAAUUAAGAACAAAAGAAAGGACGCGCGAUUGCGUCUGCUGUUGAGACAACCUCCACUACGCUCACUUUUGACCCCCAACCCCCUACUCGAGAAGGCAGUAUAACAAGGCAAGAAUGAAAAUAAAGGAGUGCCAAGCCUGCAAGAUGACAGUUGUACCAACAAAAAAGACUAACAAGUUAAG